AUGUUAUUAUUAAUCUUUAUUACACUAAUUUUUCUAUUAAUCUUUCAACAAUUCUAUUGGAAACGAAGAAAAUAUCCACCUGGUCCUAUACCGCUUCCAUUAGUCGGUAAUAUGCUUCAAAUUUUUCUUUAUCCACCCGGAUAUGAGACUUUUCGAAAAUGGAGAAAAGACUAUGGACCAGUGUUCACCUAUUGGAUGAGUGAAAUGCCGGUGGUGGCUAUUUGUGAGUAUGAGGCGAUGAAAGAGUCAGUGAUUAAAGAUGGAGACAAUUAUGUGGAUAGAAGUUUCAUGGAGGAGUUUAAUGUGAUUCUUCGGGGGGGAAACUACGGAAUGACAGCGGCUAGCGGGGAUUUAUGGAGAGAUCAAAGGAGAUUUACCCUUCAUACGAUGAGAGAUUUUGGAAUGGGUAGAAAUCUUAUGGAGGAAAGGAUCAUGGUUGAAGUGGACUUUUUGAUUGUGAAACUGGGAAAACUGAAAAGAAAUGUUUAUGUACAACAAGAGUUUGAUAUCGCUAUCGGAUCAGUGAUCAAUAGUGUUCUUUUUGGGUACAGAUUUGAUGAGGAACAUCAACACGAGUUUGAACUCGUUAAAGGAGCACUUCGAGAAAUGCUGAAAGCUGGCUCGAAUGCCCGUUUUUUGGUCUGUGUGAUAGUGCCAUUCAUGAGGAAAAUUCCAAUUCUCAAUAGUGAAUAUUAUCGAAUUUUAAAAAGAAAUGAGCAAAUGGUUGAAUUCAUUCAAAGGCAAAUCGAGGAGAGAAGAAAAGUUGUUGAUUUGGAGAGUGAAACAUCAAGCGACUUUGUUGAAGCUUACCUUAAAGAACGAGAAGCUAGAAAGGGUGGAGCAACUGAAGAAUUUUACUGUGAUCUCCAACUCCGAAACUUGAUCUAUGAUAUGUGGGGAGCUGGAAUGGAAACCACAUCGAACACUUUAACUUGGGCAAUUUGUUACUUCUUGAAUUUCCCUGAAGUUCAAGAAAAAGUGCAUAAAGAGCUUGAUCGAGUGAUUGGUCCGCAUAGAAAUAUCACAAUGGCUGACAAGAGCUCAUUACCCUAUCUAAAUGCGGUGAUUUGUGAAAUCCAACGAUUCGGUAACAUUUUGGUUCAAAAUCUUAUCCGUCAAACGACAAAAGAUGCGACGAUUUGUGGGCAAAGGAUCCCAGCUAGAACCGUUGUCCUUCCACAAGUCUCUAGUGUUCUUUACGAUGAAAAGAUCUUUCCUGAGCCUUACAAAUUCAAUCCCGAUCGUUUUCUGAAUUCCGAUGGAAGUCUACGCAAAAUCGAAGAAUUCAUCCCAUUUGGAAUUGGAAAGAGACAAUGUAUUGGGGAAGGAUUGGCGAGAAUGGAACUCUAUCUCUUUAUUGCGAACAUUUUGCAAAGAUUCACGCUGUCAACCGACAAAAUACCAUCGAUGGAAAAAGUGCCUGGGCAAAUCGUUGUCGCGAAGAAAUACUUUUGUGACUUUGUGGAGCGAACC